CAGAAGACAGGUAGGGAUUAUUCACACCAUCGAUAUCCGUGCCCGUGGAGGAGACAACAAAUUUUGUUGUGAAUUUACCGCCAAUGCAACCGACAAUUCGGAAAUUUCUUUAGUGCCUUUCACACGUAAUAGUGUCUCGAAUUGCACGAUCCUUCCGCUCAAUGAUGAAAGUGGUUGAUGAUCACUAACAACGACAACACCGACGUGUGAAAAAAAAACUGAGAUCGUAUAUCUCAACCAAACACAUUUGGUAAUGCCUUUUCACGAUGCACCUUGACAACGACGCUUUCCUCAAGGUGUGCGAGAGCACAUGAACAAGGGAAUCCUACAAAACCUACCGCCUCAUUAUGCUCACCAAAGGAGGGGUGUGGAGAUUAUUUUUUAUAUGCCUGGUCAUUUUAAGGUCAUGUCGCUAUUAUUUUUUAUGUUGGGGCUCAACAAAAAUGGACUGAUUUGCAGAACUCACAGAGCGCCGUGCACGCAAGGGCAGACCAACGGUGAGACCAGCUUCAUAAGUUUAGAUCAGAAAAGGUGAGCCUGCUUUUCCGUCCAUCUUGAUAUGCAUCUUAAUUGUGGUAGUUGGAUAGGUCUUUUUUCCCUACAUAUUUACAUUAACCUUGGGUGAUGCAAAAUAUGCUUCCGAUUAGUUCUUGUUGUUUAAACAAGAAUAUGCAUAAGUAAAGACGUGUGUGUGUGUGAAUAUGAAAAUAUGACUGAUCUGGAUGUAACUAAACGCGAUAAAAAUACUUGUUUAUGGCGAUCUAGUUUCCCUUGAUAGUGUUUAAUGAAUGUAAUUCCAUAAUUUUUAGUUAUUCUUCAUAAAAUAGCAUCCUAUUAAUUAUUAUGAAUUAAUUUUUUAUCUUCGUAUUUAUCCUGUUUUCAGGUACUACAAUGUUUCAAAAAUUUGUUACAUUCAUGUAGAAAUUGAGAUCUGAUAAAAUAUUAGAAACAAUAGUCUGCAUUUUUCAUAAACGUAAUAUAUUUUGAAUUUUACUGUAAAGAUGUCCUUCUAUUUAUCACUCGUGAUACAUUAUAGGCAACACACAAUCAUUUGCGUAAGUUGCUUUAGACAUGAAUUUUUUUGCAUUAUCUAAGCAAAUUUUGAACUUGCUUGAAUAUUAUAUAUUCAUUAUAUAUAUAUAUAUUCUUAAAUGUGAUGAAUUAAACCGUCCUUUAUCCAUCGCGUACGCUGGAUAGCCUUGCUUCUGAUAGCAUCGUUUUAUAUGAUUAGCGAUAGCACUUUUUUCUAAACAUUUCUACUGGUAUUUUUCUAUUCCUUCUGGAAAAAGAGUUGCGAAAAUUAUAAUCAUUUGGUAAAAUUAUAUAUACACAUUGUUUAAAUAACUGUUUUGAAAGUGAAAAUGUUUCAUGUAUCCAAACUGGAGGUGAUCUUCAUGUCUCUUCGCGACAUCGUCGUCUUAAGUGACAAUGAGAUGGUCAUUACGGAUAUGAAUAAACCGGCUGUGAAUUUUUAUGGCUGGAAAGCGGAUGAAGUAAAGGGGAAAAGCAUUACUUUUCUGAUCCCCACACACCCAUUGGACGUGCCGAGCAGCCCAGUAACCCUCACGGCCCGUUUAGCAAGCGGCAAGGAUUUGAUCGCGGUAAUCCAGGCGACCCGGGAUCCACACGGAGAGCUCCUGGCGUGGACCAUUUUACCGAUCGCCCUUCCACAUGUGUAUGAAUUUGGCGUACACAUCAACAUUCGCGCAGCCCUGACACCCAAGCUGUCGAUUUCCGAUCUAGAUUUUGAAGGGCGGCGAGUCUUUAUCCGAGUGGACUUCAACGUGCCCUUUGAACAUCAAACCGGGAAAAUUCGAGAUGACAGCCGCAUCCGUGCCGCAAUCCCCACCAUCAAAAAAAUUAUGGGUGAGGGGGGCCGUGUUAUUAUUGGAUCACAUUUAGGCAGGCCGAAGAAACCCAACCCGAAGCAAUCCCUUCAACGCAUCCUACCACGCCUCAAAGAACUUUUGGACACCGAGGUGGGAUUUGUCCCCGAUGUUUUUCAAGCCGCGGACGAGGUCAAGAAAUUGAAGAACGGCGAGGUGCUGCUUUUGGAGAAUCUGCGCUUUUUUAAGGGCGAGGAUAGCAAAAAGUCCGAGGAUCACAGGGUGCUAUCGCGCGCGCUCGCGUCCUUCAGCGACAUUUACGUUUGCGAUGCCUUUGGGACUGUUCAUCGUGUGUCGGCCAGCAUGACGGGCAUCCCGCGCGCGCUGGGGGCGGGGGUCACGGGCUAUCUCAUCGAGAAAGAAAUCAAGGCCAUUAAAAUGGUAAUGCUCAACCCCGCUCAGCCGCUCGUGGCCGUGAUCGGGGGGUCGAAGGUAUCGGACAAGAUCAACAUCCUGGCCUCGAUUUUCAACUUCGCGCAGAUCGUCGUGAUUGGCGGCUCCAUGGCCUUCACCUUCCUGGAGGCCAUGGGGCAUAACCUCGGCGCCAGCAAGGUCGAGCGCGCCAUCAAGGAAAAGGCCGGCGUGGUGGAUUUACAUGUCAAGGCCCGCGAGCUGCUGGCGUUGGCCAAAUCGAGGCAUGUGGAGAUCAUUUUGCCCGUCGACCACAGCUGCGCGACCAGCUUUAAGGACGAAACACCCCACAUCACCGAUACCGCCGAUGUCCCGCCGAACUACAUGGCCCUCGAUUAUGGGCCCAAAACCAUUGCGCUCGCCGCCAAAGCCGUACAGGAAGCCCGGACGUUGAUUUGGAAUGGGCCGGUCGGCGUGUUUGAGUUUCCCAACUUCUCCCGCGGCACCACCGCGAUUGCGGAGGGCGUCAAGGCGAAUCGGAAGUUAGUCUCCAUUGUGGGUGGCGGUGAUACGGCGGCCUCGACGAAAAGCUACCGAUCCUACUUUACGCAUGUCAGCACCGGCGGUGGGGCCUUUUUGGAGCUUCUGGAAGGGAAAGCAUUACCUGGUUUAGUCUGUUUAACAGCUCGUGCCGCGCCAAAAUUAUAG